CAUCCAGCUUUAUUUUGCCUCCAAAGAUCUUGCAUCCUACCUGUUAAGAAGCUUGGAAUGCCACUAUUCCAUUAAAUCUUAAAGGAACUUGAGUCUUUCAUUUAAAAAUGUGUUCCUAAAAUGUAAAUGUCCCUAUGUGGGACAGUAUUUAGCCGACAGUAAAUUUGAGAGGAGGGUCUCAAGGGGCAGUGUCACCAGGAAAAGAGAGAAAGGCUCCUCUCCCCAAGUCAAACCUUACCUUACUUAACUGAUUGUAUUUCCUCCCUCAGAGGAUGCCAUAUCUCAGUACAGGAGAGAAAAUAAAAAGUAGAGAGACUUUUAUCCAAGCACCCCCUGACCCCCAGGUGUACACAACUGAACCUGAUGCAGUGACAAUCAUGUUCACACAUAAAACAUCUGGCUAAAGCCUAAGAUCACUUCGGAUUUCCGACAUACAUUUUCCUAAGCAGAGCAUUUUUCUUUAAUUUUCCUUAGAAAAAGACUGUAAAGUAGCUCCACAAUUCCCACAUCUUCAUACUCCACCCUGCAUUCAAGUUUUCCUGGGACAGGUAUCUAUGUGUGUGCAUGAAUCUAUUUUUACGGCAUAUGUCUAGGACCCCCCACAAGGAGCCAAAGUUUCAGAGAGCCCAGCAACUAUGUAACUCCAUGGAAGGGAGGCAUGAUAUUACUCUCUGUUCACGGGAGCGUACGCACAGAUCUUUUCUCCUCCUCAUGGUCAGUUUUCUAUUUGUGAUUAGUAAUUAGCUUCUCUUGGUACACUACAAUCUAUUACAAAAGCCAAACAUUCAGGGGGCGAGCUGAAACGACAAAAUUUGGCUAUAAUUUAUGUUGGCCCCUGACAUAUAUAUUUUUUUAAUGGUUUGGUCUCUAAGCAACUGAUCUCUUAGCAACAAGAAGCACCUUUAUAAAAGAUGGCACACGAAGAGUGAUUGCCAGAAAAGCCACCCGGUUCUUAAACAGCCGCGCAUCAUUAGCAAAACUCACCAUCUUCAAGAGUCCAAAAACUAGAAGUGACCAGCAGACCCAGGACUCUAAAUUGCCCCCUCUGAGGUCAAGGAACACAAGAUGGUUUUGGAAAUGCUGAACCCGAUACAUUAUAACAUCACCAGCAUCGUGCCUGAAGCCAUGCCUGCUGCCACCAUGCCAGUCCUGCUCCUCACUGGCCUUUUUCUCUUGGUGUGGAAUUAUGAGGGCACAUCCUCAAUACCAGGUCCUGGCUACUGCAUGGGAAUUGGACCCCUCAUCUCCCACGGCAGAUUCCUGUGGAUGGGGAUCGGCAGUGCCUGCAACUACUACAACCGGGUGUAUGGAGAAUUCAUGCGAGUCUGGAUCUCUGGAGAGGAAACACUCAUUAUCAGCAAGUCCUCAAGUAUGUUCCACAUAAUGAAGCACAAUCAUUACAGCUCUCGAUUCGGCAGCAAACUUGGGCUGCAGUGCAUCGGUAUGCAUGAGAAAGGCAUCAUAUUUAACAACAAUCCAGAUCUCUGGAAAACAACUCGACCCUUCUUUAUGAAAGCUCUGUCGGGCCCCGGCCUUGUUCGUAUGGUCACAGUCUGUGCUGAAUCCCUCAAAACACAUCUGGACAGGUUGGAGGAGGUGACCAAUGAAUCGGGCUAUGUGGACGUGUUGACCCUUCUGCGUCGUGUCAUGCUGGACACCUCUAACACGCUCUUCUUGAGGAUCCCUUUGGACGAAAGUGCUAUCGUGGUUAAAAUCCAAGGUUACUUUGAUGCAUGGCAAGCUCUCCUCAUCAAACCAGACAUCUUCUUUAAGAUUUCUUGGCUAUACAAAAAGUAUGAGAAGUCUGUCAAGGAUUUGAAAGAUGCCAUAGAAGUUCUGAUAGCAGAAAAAAGACGCAGGAUUUCCACAGAAGAGAAACUGGAAGAAUGUAUGGACUUUGCCACUGAGUUGAUUUUAGCAGAGAAACGUGGUGACCUGACAAGAGAGAAUGUGAACCAGUGCAUAUUGGAAAUGCUGAUCGCAGCUCCUGACACCAUGUCUGUCUCUUUGUUCUUCAUGCUAUUUCUCAUUGCAAAGCACCCUAAUGUUGAAGAGGCAAUAAUAAAGGAAAUCCAGACUGUUAUUGGUGAGAGAGACAUAAAGAUUGAUGAUAUACAAAAAUUAAAAGUGAUGGAAAACUUCAUUUAUGAGAGCAUGCGGUACCAGCCUGUCGUGGACUUGGUCAUGCGCAAAGCCUUAGAAGAUGACGUAAUUGAUGGCUACCCAGUGAAAAAGGGGACAAACAUUAUCCUGAAUAUUGGAAGGAUGCACAGACUCGAGUUUUUCCCCAAACCCAAUGAAUUUACUCUUGAAAAUUUUGCAAAGAAUGUUCCUUAUAGGUACUUUCAGCCAUUUGGCUUUGGGCCCCGUGGCUGUGCAGGAAAGUACAUCGCCAUGGUGAUGAUGAAAGCCAUCCUCGUUACACUUCUGAGACGAUUCCACGUGAAGACAUUGCAAGGACAGUGUGUUGAGAGCAUACAGAAGAUACACGACUUGUCCUUGCACCCAGAUGAGACUAAAAACAUGCUGGAAAUGAUCUUUACCCCAAGAAACUCAGACAGGUGUCUGGAACACUAGAGAAGGCUGGUCAGUACCCACUCUGGAGCAUUUCUCAUCAGUAGUUCACAUACAAAUCAUCCAUCCUUGCCAAUAGUGUCAUCCUCACAGUGAACACUCAGUGGCCCAUGGCAUUUUAUAGGCAUACCUCCUAUGGGUUGUCACCAAGCUAGGUGCUAUUGGUCAUCUGCUCCCGUUCACACCAGAGAACCAGGCUACAAGAGAAAAAGCAGAGGCCAAGAAUUUGAGGGAGAAAUAGUCGGUGAAGAAACCGUAUCCAUAAAGGCCCGAUUCCACCAAAUGUGCUUUGAGAAGGAUAGGCCUUCAUUAACAAAAUGUAUGUCUGGUUCCCCAGUAGAGCUCUACUGCCUCAACCCAAGGGGAUUUUUAUGUCUGGGGCAGAAACACUCAAGCUGAUUAGAAAGACCAGGCCAAUGUCAGGGUACCUGGGGCCAAACCCACCUGCUAGUGUGAAUUAAAGUACUUUAAUUUUGUUUUCUGUGGAGGUGGAAAAGCAACAUUCAUAGUCUUUGGAGAAAUGCUUAGAAAUUCAGCAUUUGACCCUUGCUGUGAAUUAAGCCCAAUUAAUUCCUGUUUGUUCACAUAUGAUCUGUCUGUGGCAAAAGUUUAAUCAGAGGAAAUUCUUUCCCAGUCUGUCGAUUUAUGCCUCAGCCACUUGCCUGUGCUACAAUUCAUUGUAUUACCUGUAGAUUCAGGUAAUACAAACUAUAUAUAAUCAUCAAGUAAUACAAACUAAUUUAGUAAUAGCCUGGGUUAAGUAUUAUUAGGGCCCUGUGUCAGCUGUAGAAAAAAAAAUUCACAUGAUGCACUUCAAAUUCAAAUAAAAAUCCUUUUGGCAUGUUCCCAUUUUUGCUUAGCUCAAUUAGUGUGGCUAACCAAGAGACAACUGUAAAUGUGACAUUGAUUUGCUCUUACUACAGCUUCAGUGACUGGGGGAGGAAAAGUCCCAACCCAAUGGGCUCAAACUUCUAAGGGGUACUCCUCUCAUCCCCUUAUCCUUCUCCCUCGACAUUUUCUCCCUCUUUCUUCCCAUGACCCCAAAGCCAAGGGCAACAGAUCAGUAAAGAACGUGGUCAGAGUAGAACCCCUGAAGUAUUUUUUAAUCCUACCUCAAAAUUUAACAGUUACCUGAGAGAUUUAACAUUAUCUAGUUCAUUGAAUCAUUGUAUGUGGUCAUGGAUAAAUUGCACACCUUGGAAUUUGCUUUCUAAAGGAAAUCAAAUGAAUGGAGGAACUUUCCAAACACCACUUUACUUGUGUUAUAUAGCCAAUAUAACUAUCUCUACUGAAUGUCAUUGAAAGACUAAAAAAUUAAACUUAUUUACAAAUAGGUAAAUAUUUGUCAUUGAAUCCAUUGCCAUCCCAUUUGACUAUUCUUUUCAUCCUACUGUCUAGUAAUAAGCUGAGUAUAAGAUGACAGUGUAAUCUCCCUGAAAGCAGGAGCUACUUUCUUUCUUUUGUCAUCUAUUUCCAUCCCCAUUUCCCCGUCCUGUCUCCCUGUAUUCACUCCCAAGCUCAGUUCUGAAUAGACAUUCCUGCUCAGAGAUACUCCCAACUGAUGCAGAAACCAAAUAAAGAGGUAGGUAUUCCAAGAAUUCAAGAAUGGACAUUAGUAAAGAAUAAAACAUUUAUUUGAGCUUGGAAUUAUUUGGAUCAUCUAUAUGGCCUAAAAAUAUAUGGACUAUGCCUGUGUACCUGAAUACGUAUGUAGUCAGGUCAAGACAAUCAUCCAAAUAACUUAGACCCCUAAAAGCAAGGCCAGGAUUUGCGAUUUAAUGUGUCCCAAUUAAUUCACUUGAAAAUUAGUAACACUCUGUUUACGUUGCCUCUGGCUGGAGCUGCAUGGUGGAAGAAGCCCAACUUUGGAUCCAUGUACUUCACCCAUCCAAUACUCUUGGGACAUUUAUGUGUAUUUUAUCUGUAUAUAUGAAGUCAAUGUCUAUGUCUACACAGUCAAAGUGAAAUGAAUGUUUGAUAUAGCUGUACAUAGAUAUCUAUUUUGCAGAUACAAAAAUAUCCUGGGGGAAAACUGGGAGUGGAGGGGUGGGGGGUGGGAGUGAGGGACAUGGGGGAGGGACAGGAAGAGGAGAAGUGUUGGUUUGAACGAUCCAAGCAAACUCUCCCAGAAUCAAAUUACCUGGGUAGUUGUUCAACUUUUCACUCUGCUUAGCCUGUAUAGACAAACCCCAUAUGUUUAUAGAGGCUUGGCCUUGGAAUUCUGGAAUACCAUUGGCUUUUCAGUAGUCUGAUGAACACAUAUUUGAAAAUUCUAUUAUCUUCAGAAUUUUGCCUCAUUGUUAAGUGCUUAACUGUCACUCUUGAAUGUGCAAUGUGCUGUGGAUUCCAUUUUCAUCAGUUCUGAAAGAACUGGAAUGUGUAAAUUAUCAGUGAAAUGCAUGCAUAUAAGGGCUCUAUCAUUAUCAAACUGUAAGGACAAUUGUACCCUUCUAUAUCUUUGGGCAUGCUAGACACCCCCAUGCCUUCAUUGAGAUCCCAUUUUCCCCCUCUCAAGUGGAAAAUAAUCACAUCCAGCAAGCUCUCUCAUUAUUGAGAAAUACCAUUUGGAAAUUGCCACUUUUUAUUCCUAAGCAACACCUUUCACUGUUCAUGGUGCUAAUAUUCCACAAAAGCAUGUGCCAUUGGCCCACUGAAGGAUAGAGGGACCCUUUACAAUCUAUAUCAGCCGGGCUCUGGGACUGAAUCUCUCACCUAUUCUUGCAGAAAGACAUACUAAUUAAACCUUGUCAAAGUA